CUAAAAAUGGACCCCGAAACAACUACAACAACAACAGAAACAGCAGCAAUCAAAAGUGGCAACGACGACAAUAGCAAUUUAAUCGAAAUCUGGUUGACGAGUAGUGCUCAGAACAACUGUUCUCGAAUCCUUCUGUCCUCCUGCCACUUGACGAACUCAAACUCGAACCCGAACUCCUCGACGAAGGUGGUGUGCGAGACAUGAUCGAUACCAUCAUGACGCGUGAUAGUGAAAUACCGGCCAUUUUCAACCCGAAGCGUGUUCGUGCCCCUUCCGUCGUCGUGACAGGCGAUUCGCCAAAUGGACCUUUCGGUGGGUUCACCACCAGCAACAACGUGCCACAAAUCACCCACUCGGACUCGGUGACCUCCAGCCAGCACGAUGGCCAGGACAGCUUGAUCGGCGUAACGGUAACGGGCGGAGGAACCGGGGGCUGCGAAACCCCGACCUCGGUCCUGGGUCUCGGCGGUGGAGUGCAGCUCGGAUUAGGGAGUCUCCCUCCAGUCGGCAACAACACAAACCCACCGGGAACUCCGACACCGGUUUCAACCUCCCGACUGAAAGGAUGCCGCGAUUCCUGCUGCUCGGAGUGGGCUCAGAAGAUGUACUUCGGAGUGUGCGUAACAAUUCUGGUGACGGCUUCCUGGGUCGGGGCGACACAUUGUGUAAAGUUUUUGUAUCUUCGAAGGAAUGCUUACGCCUCGACGCUUCCCCCGCAUUUGACGGCGUUCAUCACGGACAGCGAAACUACCAUCACGCAGGUGGACAGUCCCAGCAUAGGAGGAGUGACGGCCACCAAUUCUAGUGCAGCGAUGAUCGUGCACGGAUUCGGCGCCACAAGCUCCUUCAUGCCAUCGACCGUCCAACCGAUUAUGACCUCCGAUAGGGUGGUUCCGGCACCACCGUCGGCGCAUAUUUUUAACGCACCAUUCUUCGCGUCCUGGUUCUGCACCAACUUCGCGAUCUUGUUCUUUCCCAUUUACAUUUUGGGCCGGGUGGCGAUCAAAAAGUGUGACGGCACGGGUGAGGUGCUGGGGGAGAUUUUAAGGGGCUUCCGCGAUCGAGGAUUUACCAUCGGUAGGUUCCUCAAUCGGUGCUUGACCUUCUGCAUACUGUGGCUGCUGACGACCUAUCUGUAUGCGUUAUCGCUGAAGGCGCUGCUGGCCACCGAUGUGAUGGCCCUGUUUGCCACCAACGUGGCCUGCGUCUAUCUGCUGGCGUGGGUCAUUCUUCAGGAACAAUUUGUGGGAGUCAGGAUUGUAGCGGUGAUCUUGUGCGAUACCGGUAUCGCGCUUCUGGCCUAUAUGGACGGAAUUACGGGUAGCCCGACGUUGGGCGGAGUAGUGCUCGCGGCUUUGGCUGCAGCUGGAUAUGCCGUUUUCAAGGUGAUGUUUCGUAAGGUGAUGGGCGAUCCACCGGUGGGUCAGAUUGCGUUCACCUUCUCCAUCAUUGGCUUCCUGAACGCCGCCAUACUGUGGCCGGUCUGCAUCGCGCUGUACUUCACCGGCACCGAGGUGAUGCCCUGGGAGACGCUGCCGUGGAUUGUGCUGCUAAUGGCCAGCAUACUGUUGCUCGUUUUCCACAUUUUAACGCAGUUUAGCAGCGCGGUUACGUACAAUAUGUUUGUUACAUUAGGUUUAAUAACGGCGGUCCCAGUAUCGGCAGCCCUGGAUAUCGUGCUGUAUGGAGCCCACUUUGCCGGAAUGAAGCUAGCCGGUAUUAUAUUAAUAGCCGUCGGUUUCUUCCUGGUCAUGUUUCCGGACAACUGGCCCGACUAUAUCACCCGGCUGCUCAGAAAUAUCAUCUUGUUGGGUCACAACGCGAGAUAUACCACAAAAGAGGUAAACGUUUAACAGAAUCUUGUUGAUUGCCACACGUGUGUUGUCGUUUGUUGUUCGGAUAUCAAAAGCUAGAAUCUAGAGACCAAACCAAAAAACUAACCAAAUUUGCCAAAAAGUAAACAGAACUAACCAACCGAAUGAAAGCAAACCGAUUUUUUAAAUAAUUAAACGUAAUCCGAUCCAAAACCCUCGAACAAUCGAACGAACGAACGAACCGCAAGAUAAGCAGGUGAGAAAAUUCUAACGUUCUUUCAUUCUUGCAAAUGUAUAUUUUCCUUGCCCCACCACCACCACCACAACAACACAACUCCACAUCGCCGUGAUUCCACCAAACCCCCCGUAAAACAAACGACCGUGUACGCUGCUGCCGUUGGAUUUUCCGUUUGCUGCCCUCACGUAAACUGUAUCUAAAUCACGAAACCGUGUGUGUAUUUAAAAUCGAUUAUGGUUUGUCACUGCUUUUGAAC